AUGUCGUCCGCGCAGAAGAGUGAUGCAAAUGACUUGCGAGCAGUGCAGAACGCGUUCCAGAACAUGAAGGUGGAGCCGACCAAGAGCACCGACGAGACGACCAAGAAGUCUUACACGUACAAUGCCGAGCGCGUGCUGGGCAGCGGCUCCUUUGGUGUCGUGUACCAGGCCGUUGUGGUCGAAACGGGAGAGUCGGUCGCCAUCAAGAAGGUCUUCCAGGACAAGAGGUACAAGAACCGCGAGCUGCAGAUCAUGAAGGAACUUCGACACCCCAAUGUCGUGGAGCUGAAGCAUGCCUUCUAUACCUCAGGCGAGAAGCCUGGUGAGACUUACCUGAAUGUGGUGAUGGAGUACUGCUCCGACACCGUCUAUCGAGUCAUGAAGCACUACACGAAGAUGAAGCAGCCAGUGCCUCACAUCUUCGUCCAGCUCUACUCCUACCAGAUGGCUCGUGCCUGUGCAUAUAUCCACGCCGUUGGAAUAUGCCAUCGGGACAUCAAGCCUCAAAACCUUCUGGUGGACGGUCACACGCAUGCCCUCAAAGUGUGCGACUUCGGCUCAGCAAAACCUCUAGUGAAGGGAGAGCCCAACGUCGCAUACAUUUGCUCGCGCUACUACCGAGCGCCCGAGUUGAUUUUCGGUGCCACAGACUAUGGAUUCGUGAUCGACAUCUGGUCGAUGGCUUGUGUGUCAGCUGAGUUGAUCCUGGGCCAUCCCAUCUUCCCAGGGGAGAGUGGUGUCGAUCAGCUCGUGGAGAUCAUCAAGGUGCUGGGGACUCCAACGAGAGAAGAGCUCAUGGCAAUGAACCCCAACUACACGGAGCUAGCAGAGAGGCUCUUUUCGGGUGCAAUGGAGCAGCUGAAGGCCCUCCAGCGGAAAAGCGCCUUGCUCCGGAUACUCCAGGAGACCUGGGCUGCGUCGAAGGAGGAGCAGGAUCUCUUGGCAGAGACCCUUCAAGCCGUGAUCCUUGCUCUGCAGAGUGCCUUCGGGUCGGAAACCUUGCAGCGGCUUGGCCUUCUCCGGCGAUUCUUUAACCUUGUCGGGGAGCUUAACUUGAGCAAUCUCGUGUCCUUGUGCUCAGAGACCACGCUCCCCCAAGCAGGAAGGCUCUGUGACCAGAAGUGCGAGGUGUCGAUUGAAGGGGUGGACUUGGCACAGUCGGCCCUGGAAGACUUCGUCAACUCUUACUAUAUGUUCCACGGCUUGAACCCGGAGAGCACGCGAGAUGUUCUGAAGUACCUUCCCAUCCUGGGCUUUGUGGAGAGCCACAUCUACGGUCUAGAUCAGGCCAACGAGGACCGCUUGCUUCCGCGAGAGGGACCUUUGCCAACAUCGGAUGCUGCUCCGUCCGUCGAGGAUCCCUUCGGACCUUUGCGAGGAGUCCUUCGCGAACGGCGGUGGCUCACGGAACGCCUGGACCGAGAACUGCACGAAGGUGCACGGUUCUGGGCCCUCGAGCGAAAGCUUUGCACCGCGCUCGCCACACCGAAAGCUCAGCGUGAAGAGAAUUCCAUCAACCGCUGCGAUGUGGAAGAAGCUCUGCGCUUGAAGUCAUUCGACUAUCGUACCAUGAACCUUUUGCUCUAUAUCAUGAGAGGUGAAGAGCCAAACGAGGAACACAUGAAUUUUCUGGCAACAUCUGAGAUUCUUGUGGAGAUUGGGGAUGACCUUGUGGACUACUUUGAAGACGUUGACAGGUUGAGAGAAAUUCCUUCAAUCUGUACCGGUGCUUUCUGGCGAUGUACGGGCCUGAUACAGGUGGACGAGUCAUUGGCACAGAAGUGGCUGAAACAGAACGAACUGCUCAAACGACACAGCUUCGGAAGCGAAGGACAGGGAAGCGUUCCGGAUGGUGGCCAGUCGUGGAAAGAUCGCGCAAGAGGUCGAACCAGUCUCCUGGGCUUCUGUCGGAGUCCCGGGCUGCAGGUCCGCGCAGAGCCACGGCUUAGCCACGAGAAGGGCCAUCACGCCCACAAGCAGCCAGAAGGUGAGCCGAGACGGUUCAAGUUCCCGCAGAUUAAGCCGCACCCGUGGCACAAGGUCUUUCGGGCCCGAACUUCGGCAGAUGCUGUCGACUACAUCUCGAAGCUGUUGGUUUAUGACCCGAAAAUGCGGCCAUCUGGGCUUCAGUGCUGUACCCAUGCGCUCUUCGAUGACCUCCGUGACCAGAACACACGCAUCAGCAGCACCAAGCCCUUGCCGGAGCACUUGUUCGCUUUUGCGAAGGAAGAGGUUGCGUUGAUGGAUCCUGAACUACGACGAAAACUCAUCCCAGCCUGGGCAGAGGCCCAGAAACCCACUCAAUGA